AUGGACGAGACUGGCAGCGCUGAGCCCCAGACGCCAACCUCUGAGGGACCCGGCUCGCCUACUACGCCCACGCAGAAGAGCAGCAAUGCAUCGGCCGCAUCCGCCAGGGGGGAUUCAGUAGAGUCGCACGACUUUGCCAACCCGACUCUGACCAUAAUACGAGGCUUUUCGCGCAAGAAUUCGACUGCAUCGCUGGCAUCACAAGAUGCACCCCCGCCUCCGCUGCCACCGCGACCGGCCAUGGGGCUGCUGUCGCGACCCUCGACGUCGCACUCGAUGGCGCCUUCAAGACCACAGCUCCUCUCCAAGGCCACCACCCAGCUGUCCAUCGCCAACAUGCAGGCCUUUGCUGCAGACCCCAAAGAUGCUUCGCCGACGUCUACAGCGCCCAGGCCGCGCAACUUGGGGAGCAUCAGCAUGGCCACUCGCAAUAUCAACGAUGCUGACGACGGCGCAAGCAUACGCAGCUAUGCGCCGACAAUCGAGGCGGGAGGAUACCAGGAGAGCAUACUGGGCGAAGUCAUGGGCCCAACAGAAAAGUCGGAGCAGGAAAAGUCGCUCUUGCGGUCUCUGGGGCAGAGGUUUGCUGACGCAGAGUCGCAAAGCAUGUUCCCGCCAGAUCCAGACUUUGAAGCCGCUUUCCGCCACGAGUUUGAUGGCAUUGACGGCUUGAACGCUGACGGUUCAAACGAAGAAGCGAUUAUGUUCCAGUGGCGCGCAAAACUCAAGCAUUUCCUCAUUCUCUCCAGCGCUGGCAAGCCUAUCUACAGUCGCCAUGGCGACGACCAAUUGAUCACAAACUACAUUGGUGUUGUACAGACCAUUAUAUCAUUCUACCAGUCCACCCACGACACUCUCCGAGGCUUCACUGCCGGUGAUGUACGCUUUGUUGUCAUGACCAAGGGCCCGCUCAAUCUGGUCGCCAUUACGCGGUUGGCAGAGAGCGAUGCUCAGCUUCGCUCACAGCUCGAGGCACUCUACAUGCAGAUUCUCUCGACCCUUACACUGCCCAGUAUGGAGCGCAUGUUUGCUGCUCGGGCAAACUAUGACCUACGGCGCCCCUUGCAGGGAACAGAAACCCUUUUGUCUGCCCUAGCAGAUGGUUUCACUCGAGGAUCUCCUUCGACACUUCUGUCGGCCCUUGAGUGUCUAAAACUGCGCAAGUCUCACCGCACUGCCAUCAACAACACGUUGCUCAAAACGCGCUCGGAGAACUUGCUCUAUGGCCUGAUUGUAGCAUCUGGUAAGCUCGUGUCGGUCGUACGACCCAAAAAGCAUAGUCUGCACCCAGGUGAUCUUCAUCUCAUCUUCAACAUGUUGUUUGAAGCCGGCAGCGUCAAGGCUGGCGGGGGUGAAAAUUGGAUUCCGCUCUGCUUGCCUGGCUUCAACAACACGGGCUAUCUGUACAUGUAUGUCAGCUUCCUGAAUCUAGACGACCCGACGGAGCAUAUGCAGGAGCGACCUCGCACGAGCGACGGCGCGGACGAUGAAGUCGCGGUCCUAUUGAUUAGCGCGGACAAGGAGAGCUUCUUCGAGCUCCGACGCAUGAGGGAUGAUUUAAUCGAGAACUUGCAGCGCAUCGGGGCUAUCGACGCGAUACGCAGCGCGGUCCACCAAGGCCGGCCCACAUGCACUGACAUUGUCCCCGGCAGCCCACUAAGACACUUUCUGUACAAGUCGAGGGGAAACGUCCAAUUUACCAUGCCAAGCUAUGCUCCAUACUUUGCUGCAGAUUUGGAGAAACGACGGCUAAUCAAUCUCUACAACAAACUCCACAGUAAUGUCCAUGGUAAACCCUCGACGCUAAAAGUGCACCAUGAAACUAACACAACGUGUAUGGCGCUCGCUUGGAGCACACCGCUGUUUGAGCUAUACGCUGUUGCGCCUGCGAAUACGUCGAGGGCCGCGCUGGCGCAGAGCGCGAAUAAGAUUAUCCAAUGGGUACGGAAAGAGGAGGAGAGAGUGUUUAUUAUUGGCGGUGCGGUCUUUUAG